GACAUCACCUGAUGCGGGCUAGAAGCCGCAAUGUCCCCGUGGCAGUACGGCAUUGCCGCUACAGAGGAUUGGAGCAGAGGGCCAACGAGGUCGUAAACGGGGGGAGCCACCUGCGAAGGGCCGGAUGGACCUCGUUAGCUUCCAAACGGACCGAGAGACACGCCAUCUCACAUCCGAUCAGGGACUCGCUGGGAAUAAGAUGGCUGAAUUGAACUGUAAUACCGUCAUUAGGGCAUCUGUCUCAAAGCCAAGGGAGUAUGGAUCUCUUCUCAAACAGACGUACCCCCGAUCGAAUAAAGGCGACCAACAGUCUAAUAUACCGAGUAUCGUUUUAAGGGGGUGGGUCAAUCUAAUGAGCAGCGACGACAUCAAGCCCAAGCCCGAGGAGGAGAGAAAUGCAGACGCUCGACGCCACAGCUUGCUUAGGCCCCGGACUCCUCCGGCGUCAUGGGCAAAAUGGCCAUCGCAUACACGUCCAGAGAGGACAGGAAAGGCAGGGGAGGAGGGCGAAAUAAUCUCAAAGGACUUUGUAAGUAGGGCGCCACUUCGAGGUAGUGAUAUGGGUCGGCGGAGGGGUAUUGGGCUACCGGAGACCUACGCUCCCCUGAAGCCUCCGAGUGUAUCCGCUCAGAUUAUCAAGGCCGUGGAAGAUGGUUCAGACGGCGUGAUAUCUGGAAAGUACGGCCCGCUGGGCCUCAGUAUGAGCGUCUCUUCGAGACCACACCGUGGUCGUGAGAAGUCGGACUGGGAUUUUGAAUACCUCGGCCUCGAAAUUCCUACAAUAUGGAGUGAAUACGAGGAACUGCGAACACGCACACAGCAGGCUAGUACUGUGAAACACGGGCACCUGCUAACAGGAGACCCAACAUCUCGGCGGAGUUCCGAAAAUACGAUCCAACAUGGCGGUCCGGGCGGAACCCAGGAAGAUGAGAACGAGAUCGCCAUUACCGACCCCCUCGCAUAGUCUCUGGGGGGAUCCAUUCAUUUCGAGACGUUCCGGUCUCGUAUACUCAAACUAGUGGUGGGAUUAAGCAUUCGUAAAAGGCGAGGGCGGGCACGGGGAAGGUGGCUAGUAGGUGACGGGGCAUUGUAUCCCGUAGUUGGAAACAUCUUUGCGAACAGAUACGCUCGAAAUGGGGGCCCAUCGAGUUCGUUUGAGCAGGGAAACAGCCGAUUUUGCGGUCAAUAUCGAUGGAGCAGCCUUCCUAACCCCCAAGGCGUCUAGACAGUAUCGAGACACCCUAUUUGGGUCCAGCCGACGGGACCUGCCUUAGGCGGGCGGGAAUAUGGCAAACGGCAGAUGAUGCCCUAUGAAGCCCGGUGCCCCGGACACGAUAUCGAUUUGAUGAAUACGAGAGUGCCUGUUUGAUCGGAUCUAGGUCAGAUUCGUGUUGGGGUUAUACGGAGGGCGACGGAGGUGUUCUUGCUAGUAGGUUGUCGGACAGUGGAUAGGCGUCUACAUCCACCAGGGGACUCUUAUUGGCAUGCCCUUGCGUUUGGAGGCAAUAGUUUAGCGUUCACAUGCCUAUACCCAGGGUUGCAAAAAAAAGUUUUUAUUAAGCAAUUUCGAACUUAACUUAAA